AGAUAAUGUGUAAACAGCAGGAGGCCUGGGGAGACCCAGCAUGCCUGGUCCCCAAGUAGUAAUCAAGCUGGAUAGUUCUGGUUCUUUCCAAAGACCUCCACAGAAGCACACACUUACGUGGAUUGAAGAGUCGGGAUCACGGCCCCGUGCCCAGCCCCAGGCCUGCACGAAGUACCGACAGUGCCCUGCCACUGGGUGAGAUACUGCUGCUGAGAGGGCCUGAAGAGCGAUGCAACAGGCAUGAUGGAGGUCGAGUCCUCCUACUCGGACUUCAUCUCCUGUGACCGGACAGGCCGUCGGAACGCGGUCCCUGACAUCCAGGGAGACUCUGAGGCUGUGAGCGUGAGGAAGCUGGCUGGAGACAUGGGCGAGCUGGCACUCGAGGGGGCAGAAGGACAGGCAGAAGCGGGCACCCCAGACAAGGAAGCUAGCAACCAGCCUGUGAGCAGUGACGGGACCACUUCGUCUUGAGUCUGACCUUGCCCGAGGAGGCUGGAAGAGAGACCUGCUGUGAAUGGGGAGCCCUGGCACUGGCCCGGCAGCCUCUUCUCUGAGCCCGUGUCCCAGGCAAGCCAGGCCAGACUGAAAGGCACUUCCAGGGACCACCGUGGCCCCUACCCUGGCAAGGCCUUCCGCUCGCACCCACAGGGUCCAUGCUCCCACCAUCUCCUCACCAUGGCCUGAUACACUUUCAAGACACUGACCACAGGGUGUUAUUUAUUCAGCGGGCAUGGAGACUCGGGGGCUGGGCCCUGCCCACCUGAGUGAACAGCCCAUCCAGGAACGCUCCUCUCCCGGGCGGCCUGGGCAGGGACCACAUCCCAGCUCUGCCCUCUCUUCUCCAGCCCUAACCUUCUGGGUCAAGACCUUCUUAUCCCUUUUUUAAAAAACACUUUUAAACUUUUUAAUAACUUUAAACCUUUUUUCAGCAGAGGGAGGGAGCUGACAAUUGACCUUUUUUUGGAAGCCAUGGUAAGCUAAACUCUUUGAUCAUCUAUGCAGCUCUGAGGUUCCCUCAUGGAGCUUCUCAGACCCAUUUUUAGGGAAGGGAUUUUGUGCUCAAAACUAUCAUCAACCCUUUGCCCUUUCUACCAAGAUAAGUGACACCUAGGACCCAGAAAAUAAAUGCUGAUGAUUUGUG